AUGACGACCUCAUCCCUGGACUAUUACAUACUCACCAAUUGUCCUCCAACCUACCUCAAUCGCAAGACUAAAGCUCAUGCUAUCGAGUCUACUGAAGAAGUUGCUCCUGCAGCUCCAUGGCUCAGUCGCAUAGUGACCGAAGGAGACUCUGUAGGAUUGAUACUCCGAAACAACAAGGUCCUUCGUCAAGUUGUCGAGGUGGCUGCGGAUGGGAAUGAAGCAGCUAUCUCUUUGUUCGCUAAAUUGAUCAACUUAGUCGCGCUGGGCAAACCGAGUCCUGUGGCGAAGUUCUUCUCUGUGAUCAUGCGUAAAGAGGUGCAGGAUGUCAAAACUCUGCCUGCUCCUGCUGUCGACGAUCUUGAUGCGAUUGACACCAGAAACGUCCUGUGUGCAGCCGGCCGGUGGCUGGUGGAAUCACAUCAAACGGCUCGCCUCGGACCUCGACUGUGUAGUGCCUUUUUGAGCCAUCCCGAACCUCGUCUUGCUCGCUGUGUGUUGGAAACCUUUGCCUCCGAAACGACCGACAUGCGGCAUAUCAUCGCGGCAGCAAUGAUUGUUUAUAGAGCACUUCCUGACCACUCCGCUAACCUCGAUACAGCAUUACAGUCCAUUUUUGAGGGCAGGAUCACCGAAGCCAUUUCCUGUGGUGUGAACUUCGACCGAUCCUCGGCUUGCCUUCGAAUACUCGCGGCAUUAUGCAUGCGAUGUUCUGCUCUACGCGAUGCCAUCGAUGCGUCUCUUUCCUCGAGUGCAGAUGACCCGAUUAUCAAAUUUUUCGAAAGGAUCAUUGAGGACAAAGCCUUUGCACUACAACACAAUGAUGUUGUUCGACUUUUCCCCAUCAUCACUCGGUCACUUGACCAUCAAAGCCUAAACUCAAAUAUCGAUGUUCUCAUCUCACUCAGUCGUCGGCGACCAGACCUGAUCCUUGCCAACCUUCCGGAAGUUGUGGAUAUACUGUCCAUCAUGUUCAAGACGCUCCAGAGGUCUCGCAAGCUUCCCUCUCCUGCCGGUGAUGAACCUCAGCGUCUUUCUAGACUUCUCGUUGCAUUGACACAAAUGCGACUGAAGACUCACGAAACCAGUCCUCUGGCUAAACAUAUCCCCGCAAUCCUCGUCGCCUAUGUUCGCGCAGCUGCCGACCUGCAUGUCGGAUAUACCCCUUCGGUACGCCGUGAUUUGGAACCUGGGCUUUAUGCCUUGUGCAAUCUUGCUACGACUGGUGGACGAGCUCACGCACGAGGUAGAGAAGGUGAAGGACUGGGUACACCGUUCGGUCUAGGUGAGGGUCCAGGAGGUGACGGUGAGAGAGAACUGUGGGCAGAUCUUUGGCAGAAUUGGAGUAAAUCUAGAUACAUGGGUCAGGGAUGA